AUGAGCGCCUCAACAUCAACAAACCCCGCUGGCGGGCUUCCUUUACUCAUCGACAACGGUACCCUUGAACUCACUUCGGUGAUUGGCACCGGUGCAUACGGAGUUGUAUAUCUUGCAGUAGACUAUAAAUACGCUCAACCAUUGUGGCGUGCGGUCAAAUGUCUUCGUCGGCAUGGUCUUGAUUCUCGACAAAGACAUUUCCAACGUCGUGAGAUUGCCCUUCACAGAUUGGCAUCGGCACACCCUAGUAUCAUUGCCAUGGACAGGAUGAUUGAAGAAGGCGACAACGUAUAUGUAGUGAUGGAAUUCGGAGAUGAAGGUGACUUGUUCGCCAUGAUCACUGACAAACAACGAUAUGUCGGCGAUGACGAACUCAUACGUGAUGUAUUCCUGCAACUGCUGGACGGAGUAGCUUGGCUUCAUUCUCUUGGCAUCAGUCAUCGUGAUAUCAAACCAGAAAAUAUCGUAUGUUCGCAAGACGGAACACGAGUACGCAUCUGUGAUUUCGGUCUUGCAACAUCUGAGCAGGAAUCAAGCGAGUUUGGAUGUGGUUCCACAUUCUACAUUGCCCCAGAAUGCCUCGGUGACUGGUUUCCCGAAAACACAUCAUACCCUACACGACCUGUAGAUGUCUGGUCUCUCGGAGUGAUACUGGUGAAUCUCGUCUGUGGUCGAAAUCCUUGGAGAAUCGCAUCACCGUCUGAUGAAUCAUUCAACUCAUUCCUCAAUGAUCCCACGUUCCUUCGACGUAUCCUUCCCAUAUCAUCACAGUGCCUUUUUGUCCUCCAACAAAUAUUCACCAUCGACCCUGCUGAACGAAUAUCCCUUGCUGCUCUUCGAAAACUUGUCUUGGAAGUCGAGACAUUCUCAAUGGGAGAAGAAGAACUUCGAUAUGCCCACUACGCUGCUCAAAACCCUUCAAACGUAUCCACUCCACAAUAUCAAAGUGUAGAUGCGCUCAUGCCUGUACAAGAGAUUCCCGAAGAAUUGGAAUGGCAAGCGGAAGAAACGGUUUUUGGAUUUGACGAGUUGGAGACACCAUCGUUAAGAGCCGACUCGGGACCACUGUCAUCCCCUGUUCAUCGAUCACGGUCCUCCUCGUCAAACGGUGGCUCCUUACCUCCUACACCUCAACUUGUAGCUGAAGGUGGACUUACUCUACCUAAUCAACAAUAUCAUCAACACCAUCAUUUCUUCGAAGCACUGAAAGGAGUAACUUCUUCAUCAAUAUCAGAGUUGCGAGUAAAUCCCAUAUCGCCUGAUAUCGCCUUGGCAACAUCCCCGAAUCCUUUCUUUAGAUAA